AUGGAAGGCGACAAUAAUCUUACCCCGAGUUCGCCGUUCACUGUAGCUAGAUCUGAUGAUGCUCAGACAGAGUUCUUGAUUGCGCCGUCAGAACGCUCUGCUACAUCAUCAAGGUUCUCAAUCACUCAAUCUGAAAUUACUGUCUCUCCUUCGGAAAUUAGUACUAGGACAGAUACAGAACGAUAUGGCCGGGCUUUCUCUGAAGGCAGAUCUGAUGUCACAGUCAGUUCCGCUGUCGCAUUGACGGAUCGAUAUAUCCGAGAUGCAAGAAUUCUGCGUCCUAAGAGGAAUCCAAAUAUCUACGAUUGUGUUGCAGGAGACGUGAGAGGAAAAGCCACAUCGAGGGGCUUAUAUCGGCAUCAGCCUUUUACGCAACCGUAUUCAGCGGCCGAGUUCUUCUUUGAGCAGUUACGCGCGGUAUUCGGGAACAAGAACGAAGAUGCUCGUCUAUAUUGGCACAGAGAGUUGGACUCUCACCAUCCACCGCAAAGUGAUAUACUUUGGGCCAUUCAUCGAUAUGCGAGUCAAUUCUUUGCGAGGGAUAAAUCGCCUUCGCUGAAAUUUAUGGACGAGAGCGCCCUGUUGGCACUGGGCAUUCUCGUCGAGGAAACAAUGAAGGACGAGUUGGGUGAGACGGGUUUCUUGGCUUUUCUCGUAUCAAGAAAAGGUAGAAGCGGUGAGGAGAGGGCUUCCUGUUCAGAUACUGAUACUGAAGCCCAAUCCGCUGGACCAAAGUCAAAGCUACUGAGUGGGCAUUCAAAGAGGACAACAAGGAAGCAUGAUCACGGCGAGGAUGAAGCAGAUAAUAUGAAAAAACUUUACAUGGAUGAUUUUCUGACUGAUAACGAGGAUGAGGACAAAGCAUGA